AUAGGGUGAGCUAUGAUUGAUGUGAUGGAUGACACCUUAACUUUAAAGGUAAAUGAGGAAACCGCCACUUUCAAUAUUCUAAAGUGAUGAAGACAUUUCCAACCUGUGGAGACAUUAGCAAUGUAGAUGGAUUCAAUGUUCCCAUGUCUCUAACACCACAAGGUGGGAGUGGUGACUGCAAAACUUCUAGUUGUCCCGCAAACAUCAAUGAUGUGUGUCCUUCAGAGCUUCAAGUGGUAGGUUCUGAUGGGAGUGUGAUUGCUUGUAAGAAUGCUUGUUUGGCUUUAAAUCAAGAUCAAUAUUGCUGUCGUGGAGAUUACAAUACUGAAGAAAAAUGUCCACCCACAAACUGUUCUAUGAUUUUUGAGAACCAAUGCCCUGAUGCUUAUAGUUAUGCUUAUGAUGAUAAGAGCAGCACCACUUUCACUUGUUUCACAAACCCUAGCUAUGCUAUUACCUUUUGCCCUGCAACUUGAAUUCCAUGGCCCAAAAUAUAUGCAUUAACUUAUGUAUGUGUCUAAAAUAAAAUAA